GAGGCCCGGCAGCUCCUGCUCGCCCCAUCCCUGCCGGACGGUUCGAGACAGCUCACCCAAGGAGACAGCCGUGCUCUCAACCCACGCGGUCACUCCGGAGCAGGUGGGAGUGGGCAGCGGGCGGCGCGGCAAGGACAGGCGCGUUGGACAGCCCGGGCGGCAGCGGCGGGGACCUGGCUGGGGGAGGCCAGGCUUGCGGCGGGGCGCAACGGUGUCUCCUUCACUUCGCCCUCCAGCCGCGGUGGCUGCAGCGCAACUUCCAGAUAGCGGAGUGGCCUCAGCUGCGAGCCGAGCGGUGGCGGCAGCGCCCCUCAGGACACCCGCAGAUCACCUUUUCCCCGCGACUUCGCCAUGGGUGAAUGUUGUGUACCGGUAUGCCAACGGCCAAUUUGUAUCCCUCCACCCUAUGCUGACCUUGGCAAAGCUGCCAGAGAUAUUUUCAACAAAGGAUUUGGUUUUGGGUUGGUAAAGCUGGAUGUGAAAACGAAGUCAUGCAGUGGUGUGGAAUUUUCAACAUCUGGCUCCUCUAAUACAGACACUGGUAAAGUCAGUGGGACCUUGGAGACCAAGUACAAAUGGUGUGAGUAUGGUCUGACUUUCACAGAGAAAUGGAACACCGACAACACUCUGGGGACGGAGAUUGCAAUUGAAGACCAGAUUUGUCAAGGUUUGAAACUGACCUUUGACACCACGUUUUCACCAAACACAGGAAAGAAAAGUGGUAAAAUCAAAUCUGCUUACAAGAGGGAAUGUAUAAACCUUGGCUGUGAUGUUGAUUUUGAUUUUGCUGGACCUGCCAUCCAUGGGUCAGCCGUCUUUGGUUACGAGGGCUGGCUUGCUGGGUACCAGAUGACCUUUGACAGUGCCAAGUCAAAGCUGACAAGGAGUAACUUCGCAGUUGGCUACAGGACUGGGGACUUCCAGCUACACACAAAUGUAAAUAAUGGGACAGAAUUUGGAGGAUCAAUUUAUCAGAAAGUAUGUGAAGAUUUUGACACUUCAGUAAACCUUGCUUGGACAUCAGGUACCAACUGCACUCGUUUUGGCAUUGCAGCUAAAUACCAGUUGGACCCCACUGCUUCUAUUUCUGCAAAGGUCAACAACUCUAGUUUAAUUGGAGUGGGCUAUACUCAGACUUUGAGGCCUGGUGUGAAGCUUACACUGUCUGCUCUGGUAGACGGGAAGAGCUUUAAUGCUGGAGGCCACAAACUUGGGCUUGCCUUGGAAUUGGAGGCUUAAUCCAGUUAAAAGAAACCUCUGGGAAUGGAUAUCAGAAGAUUUGGCCUUAAUAUAUUUCCAUGCGACCAGCAGGCUCCCCCUUCCCCCCCCAGAAGGUGAUCACAUCAAAGGAUGAUUAAGCAAGAGCUGUGUUUUAAAUAUUUAGACAGUCACCCGUUGGCUGGUUUCUAGUUGGAUGGUUAUCUCGUUAUCAGUGCUGCCUUGUGCGGCCUCCUCUACAUUAUUUAAUGUACUUAACUGUUAAAUGUGCUACCCACCAAUGAUGAAAUAGACGUUUAUGAAAACCGUGCCAUGGUGUGCAUGUUUGUUUUAUGUUCCUUUUACCCUUGACUGUUGUACUGAAUGAGAUGGAUCAGUGGAUGUUUUAAGAUGAGGUAGAAGAUCUUUUUUGUGAUAUUCACCCAUCACUAGAAUCACUUUGGUAACCCCAAACAUGACAAAUUAUGAAUAAAACGAGUGUACACAACUAAUGCCUCACGUAUGUGCAGUCAGAUUGCAGCCUAGGGGCUAAUCUUCUUGGUAAAUACUUCUGGUGAGCACUUUGCUCUUUACCGAAACUUGGGCAACCAAACUUCCUGUGUCCCUAGCAUAAUCAAUCCAUGAGGUCUUUGAGACUACAAUAAAAUACAAGGAUACAUGCUUUAA